AUGGCAUCAUGGAACUUGCCAUCAUCUUCAUCAUCGCAGUUCAUUGAUGAAGAACCUUUAAUAUUGGAUAACGUUGAUGACUUCAGCACGGAUGAUGAAUUAGACAACAUACUCGAAGAUGACAACAACGACGACGGCCACAUAACACAAUCAUCUGCACAAGUAAUUCCAGAGUUGAAUCAAGGUAUGCAGUUCCAGUCAAAGGAGGAAACUAUUCUUGCAAUCAAACAUUAUCACAUUACAAACGAUUACAAAUACACCGUCGUUGAGUCCAAACCCAACAUUUAUGUGAUUCGUUGUCUGGAAUAUCACAACGGUUGUCAAUGGCGUCUGAGGGCAGCUUAUAGCAAAGUCCGUAAAUAUUGGGAAAUCAAAAAUAUAGACGGACAACAUUCGUGUUUCUCAAUAAUACUAUCUCAAGAUCAUACAAAUCUUGAUAGUACUCACAUUGCCACGAUCAUAUCCAAUUCAAUCCGCACAAACCCAUCCAUUCGUGUCAAGAGUUUGAUUGCAGAUAUUAAGGGUCGAUUCGGAUAUUCUGUGUCGUACAGAAAAGCUUGGAUCACUAAACAGAAGGCUCUUGCUAUGGAGUUUGGAGACUGGGAGGACUCUUAUAACCACAUGACGAGGUGGUUGCAUGCCGUCAAGGAAGCAAACCUAGGUACAAUUUUACAAUGCACUGGUUCUCCUGUGAAUAUUGAUGGAGAAACCGACGAUAAUUGCUAUAUUAUGGAAAGAGUUUUCUGGUCUUUCGGUCCUUGCAUAGAAGGAUUCAAAUACUAUAAAUCCAUUCUCCAAGUUGAUGGCACAUUUCUCACGGGUAAAAAUCAUGGAACUUUGCUAACCGCCAUAGGUCAAGAUGGCAAUAGAAAUAUUUUCCCACUAGCCUUUGCCAUUGUAGAAGGUGAGACAAAGGAGGCCUUGAUAUGGUUUUUUCAACUACUUCGAGAACAUCUUUGUCAUCAACAAAAUAUUUGCAUCAUCAUUGACAGAGGAAAGGGUAUACUAUCCGCCUUAAGAUCAGAUGAAGUUAGUUGGGAACAAGAUGAUUUGAACUCUGUUUAUUGCAUACGUCAUCUAGCAUCCAACUUCAACAGCAAAUUCAAAAAUCACGACCUAAAAAAACAAUUCAUCAAUUUAGCUUACGAGGUCAAGCAACCAACUGUCACGGCAAAACUUGCUGCAUUGAGAAACCAAUACCCACAACAAGUUCAAUGGAUAGAUAAAAUUCCAUUACAAAAAUGGUCUCAGGCUUUUGAUGGAGGGAGAAGAUAUGGACAUCUGACGACUAAUCUUGCUGAGUGCACCAACUCCAUUUUAAAGGGAGCACGUUCAUUACCAAUAUGUGCUCUCAUCAGAACAACAUUUGAGAGGACACAAUCAUGGUUUGUUGAACGCGGAUUAAAGGCGAACUCUAUGCUACAAGCAGGACACCAAUAUCCUGAACAAAUCGCCGACAUCAUUAGGAAAAAUCAACAACAAUUCGCAUAUUGUCAUAUUCAUCGCUACAAUCGUGAAAAUUCUGAAUUUGAUGUUUAA